AUGGCAGACCUCCCCGUGCGCCUGGCGGCUCUGGUCCUUCUCGGAGCGGCCCUGUGUGCGGCACAGCCCCGGGGCCGGAUCCUGGGCGGCCAGGAGGCCCAGUCCCGCCAGUGGCCCUACAUGGCGUCGGUGCAGGUGAACGGCACGCACGUGUGCGGCGGCUUCCUGGUGGCGGAGCAGUGGGUGCUGAGCGCGGCGCACUGCCUGGAGGACGUCCCCAGGCCCAAUGAGACGGUGAAGGUGCUCCUGGGCGCGCUCUCCCUGUCGGAACCUGAGCCAUCCAAGCGCCUGUACGAUGUGCUCCGAGCAGUGCCCCACCCCGGCAGCGGGCCGGACACCAUCGACCACGACCUCCUUCUGCUGCAGCUGUCUGAGAACGCCACCCUGGGCGCCGAGGUGAAGCUGCUGCCCUGGCAGCGCGAGGACCGCGAUGUGGCCGCCGACACGCUCUGCGACGUGGCCGGCUGGGGCGUGGUGAGCCACACGGGCCGCCGGCCCGACCGCCUGCAACACUUGCUGCUGCGCGUGAUGGACCGCGCCACCUGCAACCUGCGCAGGUUCCACGACGGCACCGUCACGAAGCACAUGAUGUGCGCGGAGAGCCACCGCCGCCGAGACACCUGCAAGGGUGACUCUGGGGGCCCUCUGGUGUGCAACGGCGUGGCCGAGGGCGUGGUCACCUCAGGAUCCCGUGUGUGUGGUGACCCCAAGAAGCCAGGCAUCUACACUCGCGUGGGGAGCUACACGGCCUGGAUCGACAGCGUCAUGGACGGAGGCGUGGCCUCCCCGGGAGACCCUGAGGGGCGGGGCCCCGAGGAGCAAUAA